UUUGUAGAAGAAAAAAAUAAAAAAUAAAUGAUGAGUCUCUUUUCAGAUUUUCUCUCUGACUCACUUAUCUCACCCCUUCCUUAGGCUUCGGAAAAAACGAACUCUACUAUGCCUUUCCUUCUCUCUUUCUUUUCAUUUUUCUCUUUCAAAUUUGAAUUUUCUAACUAACCAAACACAAAUUCUGAAUCAGAAAAUUAUGUUUCGUUUUUCAUCUCUAUCUUCUCUCAUGGCUUCCACACAGAUUGAGAUAAUCAAUACCGCAUAUCAAGCCAUGAAGCCUCCGAAGAUGCCACCGACCACAACCAAGCUCGUCUGCUUCUCCUUCGCCGCUUACGCCAAAAACCUAAUCCAGAAUCUCCGGUCGUCUGACGUUCCCGUAGCCGGAGGCCUCUCCAACGUCGAAUUCUCCUCCAUCGAGUCACUCUUCAACUUCUCCUUCCCUCCCGAUCUCCGUUCCAUCCUCCGGGAAGGUCUUCCGAUCGGCUCUGGUUUUCCGAAUUGGCGUUCUUCUUCUGCGCAACAGCUUUACAUUCUCAUUAACCUUCCGAUCCUCGGUCUCCUCAAGCAAAUCUCUCGCAGGAAUUUCUGGCUCGAAUCUUGGGGACCUUUUCCCGACGAUAUCAAUCGAGCCUUGGAGAUAGCCAAGAAGUUCUUGAGCAAAGCCCCUGUUCUCGUCCCUCUCUACCGAAACUGCUACAUUCCGUCAACGCCGAACGCCGCCGGAAACCCGGUCUUCUACGUCGACGGCGAGGAGGUUCGGAUUCUGAGCUACGACAUUACCGGCUUCUUCCAAGAUUUCGAGUUCUUAAACGGCGGCGGAGGCAUCCGCCGGUCGUCGGCUAAUUCAAGAGUCAACGCCCCGGCAUGGGCGGCGAAGUCGGCUCGUGAGAUCGAGUUAUGGACAGAGGUUGCGAAUAAGAGGCGGAGAGUGAAUGCGGCGGCGAGUGGGGCGUGGUGGAGCGGUGACGACGAGCUGAGCGAGUGCUUGGAGGAGGUUUCCCAGAAGUUGAGAGAAGGAGGGUGGAGGGAGGAGGAGGUGAGAGAGAUGAUGAUGAUGGACGGCUACGAUGACGAUGAUCAGACGGGGGAGGUCGUUAUCGAGUGCGGUGAAGGUGAAGGUGUCGGAGGAGGAGACUUGGAAGAGGCCAUGGCGUGGCACGUGCGGACGCUCUCGGUGGUUUUGUUACGUGCGGGGUGGACCAUGGAAGAUGUGGUGUACUCUCUUGACCUUCCAAACGACGAAGAAGAGGCUGCCGUUUUGGAUGAGAAACCAACAGCUCUCCAACCUGACCAUGGCCAGGAUUUUCAGCUUCAUUGUCGUUCUAAGCCAAGUGAGAGUACCCUCCAGCAAUUGAUGCACUUGCAGUCUCUUGAGGUUUGACUUUUAGUGGGCUCAACAUCGGUAUCUAGUGGCUUUCAUCCUGGCCGUUGGAUCGCUAGACUUUUCUGCGGUUCAUCACCACUACACACAAAAUAUUGGAUAGACAGACAUUAAAUUAAUUGAUUGUAUAUAUUUUUUUUGGCUGCAGUAAUGGUUAUAAUGUGAUAUAAAACACACUGGUUGUAAGUGUCGUUUCAUAGGAACAAUUUUUGUGAGUGAACUAUUGUUUUAUUACUUAUUAUUGGAAAAGGGCCAAUUAAAAAAAAAAUCUAACGAGAUUUAUAGAAUCUA